AUGGAGAAAACCUUUCAUAUGAUUGGAGGCGAAGAUGAAGCAAGCUACUCCCGAAAUUCUUCUCAUCAAAGGUUGAUUCUGAGGAAAGUGAAGCCAAUUCUUGAAGAAUGCAUACAACAAUUAUUACGAGAUAUGAAGGAAACGGAUCUUCCUAAUAAUUGCAUCAAAGUAGCUGAUCUGGGGUGCUGUUCAGGUCCAAAUACAUUUUUGACCAUCCAGCUUAUGAUAAAGAGCAUUGACAAAACCUGGUCCAAAAUCUCAAAUACAAAAUUACCCACCAUUCAGUAUUUUCUGAAUGAUCUCGUCUCCAAUGAUUUCAAUCUUGUUUUCAAAGGGUUGCCUCGUGUUUAUGAAAACCUUGAGAAAGAAAAUGGUCGGAAAUGCGGUUCAUUUCUCAUCGCAGCUAUGCCGGGAAGCUUCCACGGAAGGUUGUUUCCGGACAGCUCCAUGCAUUUCCUGCAUUCUUCUUACAGUAUGCACUGGUUGUCUCAGGUUCCUCGUGGACUGGUGAUGGAAUCAGGGAUGCCAAAGAAUAAGGGGAAGAGCAUUUGCGCUAUCAAGACAAGUCCUUCCAACGUGCAUCAAGCAUAUGUUGACCAGUUCACACGAGAUUUUACCACGUUCUUGAGGAUGCGUUCUCAAGAAAUGGUGAAAUAUGGGCAGUUGCUUCUAACAUUUUUAUGUCAAGAUAGCGAGGAAGUUGAAGGCUCCCACUACCUACUUUUAAUGGGGAUGGCUUUAUCUGACAUGGUUACUGAGGGACACAUAGAGGAAGAGAAAUUGGAUACUUUCAGUCUGCCCAUCUACGAGCCUUCAAUCCAGGAAGUGAAGCAGAUAAUCGAGGAUGAAGGAUCGUUCAAAAUCCUACGAUUUCAAAACUUCAAGACUUGUCUCGAUGCUAGCUUCGAAUCCAGAACUCUUGAUGAUGGAAUCGUUAGGGCUAGAUAUGUGGCCACUUACUUGAGGGCAGUUUUUGGACCGAUUUUAGAAAGUCAUUUUGGGGAGUCCAUUAUGGAUGGAUUGUUCCACAGGUACCAAAAUAAGUUGGUGAAUUUGGUGGAGAAGAGGCAAGGCCUCCUUAAUAAUCUGGUCAUUUCCCUUCGCAGAGAAUGGUGA